UAUUACGUUCUGUCGCUGUUCUUGAGCGCCCUACAACCUUGCCCUCUCUUCUCGCAUCGUUGCCGCACCCACCGCACACGGCACAGCGAGCUCAGCACGGCGCCGCGCACACAGACACAUCUCGCAUAACCCAGCCACACCUGGAACUCGCCUCACUCGCGGGCAACGCUCUGGCCCAGCCCCUGACUUGCUCAUAGACUCUCUUGCUGCUCUCCGUUCAUCUCCUGGACGCCAAGGGCUGCUCGAGGGCGUCCAAGCCGCAACAUGAAGUUCGGCAAGCAUAUCCAGAAGCGCCAGCUCGAGGUUCCCGAAUAUGCUGCUAGCUUUGUAAACUACAAGGCCCUGAAAAAGCUCAUCAAGAAGCUUUCAGCAACACCGACCAUCUCCUCCCAGAAUGACGCUCUCCGCUCGGCCACACCUAUCGACUCCCAGGCCGCUCUCCAGGCCAACAAGGCGACCUUCUUCUUCCAACUGGAACGAGAACUCGACAAAGUCAAUGUCUUCUAUCUGCAAAAGGAAGCCGAGCUCAAAAUCCGCCUCAAGACCCUCCUAGACAAGAAGAAGGUCUUGCAGACACGUCAAGGCAUCUCCCGACGCUCCGCAAAGUUCACGACCCUCGAGGAGGGCUUCCAACAGUUCGCUUCCGACCUAAACAAACUCCAGCAGUUCGUCGAGAUCAAUGGCACUGCCUUCUCAAAAAUCCUAAAGAAGUGGGACAAGACCUCAAAAUCCAAGACCAAGGAACUCUACCUUUCGAGAGCUGUCGAGGUUCAGCCUUUUUUCAAUGCCACCGUCAUCAGCGAGCUCUCGGAUCAGGCGACCACGAGUUUGCAAGAGCUUGGAGCUUGGUCCGAUGGUAUUCAGGUCAACUUCCAGUCUGGCCAUGUAGUCACAACGCAACAUUUCGUCGGGACGGAUGAGGGGGAUGCGGACACGCUCCUGUUGGACACAGUCAUCACCGGAAACAUCGAGUCUCUGCGAGAUCUGCUCACUAGGAUGCAAUCGGCGACCCAGGCGACAGAUGGAGACAGCUCGUUGAUGGAGAGGAUAACGCGGACCUUCCUUGCGGCUAUUUCAGAAGCGCCCCAAGAGGCUCUUCGAGUCCUUCUCGAGACGAAUCUCGUCGACCUCCAUUCCUACGACGACAUUAAUGAGCGAAAUUGCCUACACCAGGCUGCAAUUUACGGUAAGCAGUACGUUCUGGAAUGGGGACUCAACGCAGAGAAUCCGGUGGCAGUGGAUCGGACAGAUGUCUACGGUCGCAUGCCUCUUCACUACGCCAGCUUGCACGGGAGACUGGAGAUGUUGCAGGUACUGCUCGAUGCUGAUUCCAAUACCAUUGAUGCCAUCGACCACGACAACUUCACCCCCUUAAUACACUCCAUCAUCCACGGACGCCUCGACUGCAUCGAGAACCUCCUCUCCAGAUCCGCCCACAUCGACCCUGUAGCCGAGCAAGAUCGUGUCCUCCACGUCCCCCUGAACCUCGCCUGCGAACAUGGUUCGGUGGCUGUUGUUGAACUCCUGCUCAGACAUGGUGCCGGUAUCUUGCCAGAUGCCGAAGGUCUGUAUCCCCAGCACCUGGUGGCGAGAUCGGGUCAGACUUCGGAGCUUCUCCUAUUGUUGAGGGAGUACGGUGCGGACCUGGACCAGGUUGAUAAGCUCUACGGAUGGACGCCGCUUGUGCACGCAGCAAGCGAAGGAAAUGUCGAUUGUCUCCAAGCACUGCUCAAGGUUGGAGCGGACGCAAACAUUAUGGACGAAAAGGACUUCCCAGCCAUGUACUACGCCGCUUGGGAAGGACAUCUGGCUUGCAUGAAACUGCUCACACCGUUCAACACGCGACCCCGAGCGAGCCCCUUCAUGGUGCAACCUUCGCUGGGUCCUAUGGACAGCAGCUCCGCCCCUCUACCCAUGUCACUUGACCCCGAUGCGAUCCCCGAACUCGAAUUGCCUCCGCCCAUCAUCCCUCUCCGAAGAUAUGGCCACAACUUCCUCGACACGAAGACUGUCGUACAAAUCACCUUUGGAGAAUCAGAGGAGCAGCCCCUCAUGUUCUUCCAGGACGGCAAAUACCCUGCCGCACGGCUCACCAUCUCCUCCAAGGUCUCGGAUCUCAUUCCCAAGAACAUCAUUUUGCCCUUUCAAGAAGAUACCCGAAUUGUUUCGUUCCAGGUUGACAACCUGGAUACUUUCAGCCUGGACCUCGAUGUUUUUCCUACCUACGGUGCCAAGGUGAUCGCCAAGACGGUCGUCCUUUCCAGCACUUUCAAGGGGCAAGGCAACUCAUCGUGCUGUCUGCCUCUGUUUGAUCCUCGUCUGCGAGCUAUCGGCCAGAUCAGCUUCACCGUGCAGGUCAUCAAGCCGUUCAGGGGCAAACCCCUGGAGAUUACUGACUUUGAGACAUACUGGAAGGCGACGAGUCAGUUCAACCAGCCUACAAGCGCGAUAAUUACAGGAUCGAGCUUGUCGGGAGACUACGUGAGGUUGUUUGCACAGCACACCAGUGACGGUGUGCCAGUUCUGUGGCCGCGAUGGACCAUCUCUUGUGGCGGAUUGGAUGUCCCUGUGUGCCGGUUGUCUCUGGAGCAGUUCACCUCCAUGACGUCGCGGAGCAAUAGCCGCGCCGAUCUGGCAAAUUUGAAGAGCAAGACGCCGGAAAGUAUGGCCGAGAUCUACCACAUCCUCGCUACGGCCGGCAUCACCCUCCAGGAGGCUCUCUCGCUUCUCAAUCCGGGCAUCCACGUCAACCUCCAGAUCCUGUACCCUACCCCUGAGGAGGAGAAGGCCUUUUCGCUGGGUCCUGCGCUCGACGUCAACGUGUUUGUCGACGCCAUUCUUAGCAUUGUCUUCGACCACGCUCGAGCGCAGAGGGCUCAGUCUCCCGACGUGGUGCGAUCUGUCGUCUUCAGUAGCUACAACCCCCGGCUGUGCACCGCUCUCAACUGGAAGCAGCCCAACUUCCCGGUCUUCUUGUGCAACGACCUGGGACGCGAGGAGGCGACGGGCUAUGCGAAUGGCCCCCUGAGCAGUGGACGACGGAGCGCGUCGAUUAAAGAGGUGGUUAGGAUCGCACAGAGCAACAACUUCAUGGGACUGAUCUGCUAUUCUCGACUCUUGGAUAUGGUGCCGGCGCUUGUAGAUGCGAUCAAGUCGCACGGGUUGGCAUUGGUGAUGGACAAGUCGUCUGACUCGCCUGAUGCGAGCCCCAUGACGGAUCCCUUCCCACGACCGCCUAAGGGCGUUGAUGGUGUGUUGAAAAGUCAUGGUAUUUUGCGCUUCAAUGAUUCUAUAGACAUGUAGAUGGGGCUGUAAUGAGUGAUGCCUGGUUUAUGACAUACGAAGACUAGUUGGAUAUAGACGAGUAAAGAAUCAUAAAUUUGAUAUUGUCAUAAUUAUACUCGUAUCGUCUUGAACCGUACUGUACUGUACUUCUCGCUAUCAUUAUCUACCAGGCCACCCACCCACGUGGCGUCUUGCUCACGGUUAGGCACCCUUGAAUUCAUACUUGAGUGCCGUUAACUCCUUCUCAGGAUCCACGCUGCUCAUGA